AUGGUUUUGAUUGGCAUCACUGGCUCUGGUAAGAGUACGACUGGGAAUUCUAUCCUUGGCAGGGCAUGUUUUCCUACUCAGUGCAGCGCACAAUCCGUGACCACAGUGUGUCAGAAAGGUAGCGGCUCUCGGUUUGACUGUGACCUACACGUCAUCGACACCCCCGGGCUCUUCGACACUGGCCGCUCUGACGCUGACGUCACCAGGGAGAUCUUGAAAUGCAUCGCCAUCUCUGCACCAGGACCUCACGCCUUCAUCCUGGUCCUCAAGGUCGGGCGCUUUACUGCAGAAGAAAAUGACACCGUUGAUUAUUUCAAGGAUGUUUUCGGUAAAGAGAUGCUGCGCUACCUGUUUGUUCUGUUUACUGGCAUGGAUGACCUCGAGAAUGAUGGGGUCACCUUGGAUGAGUAUAUCUCAAAGGCUCCACAGAAUCUGGCACAGCUGAUUCAAGAAUGCAAUGGGAAGUACGCCGGCAUAAACAACAGAGCGACAGAGCAAGUGAAAGAAUCACAGGUGAACUACCUGAUAAACAUGAUCAAGUCCAACGUGAAGAUUAACAACGGGACCUACUACACAACUGAAAUGCUCGCCGCAGCAGAGAUAGAGAUGCAAAAACGCGAGCAGCAAAUUCUGACAGAGAAAGAGGAAGAAAUACGCACAGAAAGAGAAGAAGUGGAAAGGAGGUGCAUGAUGAAACGAGAAGAGAUGGAGAAACGCCUGAAAGAGGAGAACGAAUAUUUGCAGAUUGAGCUGCAAAGGAAAGAAAAGGAAAGUCAGAGAGAAUUGCAGGAAAUGGUUCUACGUCAAAACGACGAGACUCUCGAAAUGCAGAAACGACAGCAGGCGCUCAUCGAGAUGCUGGUGAAGCAAGGCGAAGAUAUGAAGGCAGAACUGGAAAAACGAAGACUCCAAGAUGAAGAAGAGAGGAUGAAGAGAAUCAGCGACGAAAAGAAGAAGAAAUUCGAGGAAGAAAGCAAGCUGAAGCUGGAGGAAGAGAUUCGCCGACUUUCUGAGAAGAUGGCGAGAGAAGAAGAGGAGCGCAAGAUACGGGACGAUGAACUCAAAGCCUGUCUACAGAGAAUGGAUGAGAAACAUGUCCAGGCAGCCAGGAAACAGGCUAGAGAUGAAGCAGAAAGCGGGGUUCCACAAUUCCUUAAAUUAAUAUGGGGAUGUGUGACACCCUACAUACCAUUUUUAAAGUAUUUUAAGUAG